AUGGCGCGGCUUAUGAAGCCAAAAAUUAACUCUUUAAGGUAUAGUCAGGCACGGCACGGGCGCGCGGGGCGCUGCGGGGCGCGGGGCGGGGUGCAGGCUGCAGCUGCACGGCUAUUGAUUAGCGCCACAAUCCCCGGCACGCGCCGCGCUCGCUGCACACCGCGCGCCGCGGCCUGCGCCAGCACACAGCGACCACUCACAUCAGAGUGCUCGGAACCCAUGUACUCGCUCGCUGCAACUUGCCACCAGAACCGAGCUAGCGAUGCACCCCUCCGAUGGUUGAGCGGGGUGCACCCGGGGUGCGACGAGGCGCGGGGGGCGGGGCGCGAGUCGCGCGCUCCGCCGGCGGGCGAGUGCCGGCGCCGCAGUGUAUCGCGACGCGCCGAGCCGCGCGCCCGCACCGAUCUCGCUCCUUCUCCUCACGCCAUGGUGCUGUCAGCCUGCGUCCGCGCCGACACGCGCGCCUACUGCUCUGCCCGCUACCAAUCAGCGAGAGACAACAUUGAGCUGUCGGGGCUGGCACUGGGAAUGGUGCCCACAUGGGGACGUCGUCGAGCAGACAAUGUUCUGAUAGUGCAGGAUGUGCUUGAAUACCACGCACUGUUCAUUUGCGCCUCCCAGGAGUUAGCUGUGUUAGCUGGAGAUUAUGUAGUUAGCGCGCGGCACACGUGCACACUGACCUGUACGUGUCGUGCCCGCAGCACUGCCCCGAGUGCUAUGUUUACUCAGCACUGUGCUUUGUUUGUUACAGAGGAGUCCGGCGAGCUCAUCAAGUCGCCGUCGCCGCCGCCCAGCCACGACGGCUCCGCCAGCGGCGAGGGAGACAUCAGCGGCGACGAGCGGCCCCCCUCCCCGCCCCGCGCGCCCUCCGCGCCGCUGCCGCAUCCCUCCCACCCUGCGCACCCCGCGCACCCCCCGCACGUCGCCAGCGCCGCCGCCGCCACCGCCGCCGUCUUCAAUGCGGCGGGCGCCGGCAGCGCGCUGGCGCAGCUCCAGCAUCUGCUGCUCACCCAGCACGGCGCGCACUCUCUGCUGCUGCACACGCAGGUGCAGCAGGCGGUGGCGCAGGCGGCGGCGCAGCAGUUGCAGCAGCUGCAGGCGCGCGCCGGCGCAGUGCCGCCCCCCACCACGGGGACCUCGCCCACUUAUAAGUACAUGCAAGAUGGUCGGUCCCCGUCCCCCCGGCGCACGCCGCCGGGCGCGGCCGCCUUCCUGACGCCGCACACGCCGGGCUCGGGCCGCGCGCGCUCCCCGCUGCACGCGCACGCGCACACUCCGCUGCACGCGCACGCGCACAAACCGCGCGCGCUCGAACCCACGCCCGACGACACUGCCGACCUCGAGGAGCUGGAACACUUCGCCAAGACCUUCAAGCAGAGACGCAUCAAACUCGGGUUCACACAGGGCGACGUCGGCCUCGCGAUGGGCAAGUUGUACGGAAACGAUUUCUCACAAACGACGAUAUCGCGGUUCGAGGCGCUCAACCUGAGCUUCAAGAACAUGUGCAAACUAAAACCGCUCCUGCAGAAGUGGCUGGAGGACGCCGACUCGUCCCUCGCGGGCGGCGGCGCGGGGCCCGGCGCCGGGACCGCGCUGGGCGCCGGCCUGGCCGAGGCCGUGGGCCGGCGCCGCAAGAAGCGCACCUCCAUCGAGUCGGGCGUGCGCGUCGCCCUGGAGAAGGCCUUCCUGCACAACCCCAAGCCCACCAGCGAGGAGAUCGCGGCGCUCGCCGACGCGCUCUGCAUGGAGAAGGAGGUGGUGCGCGUGUGGUUCUGCAACCGGCGCCAGAAGGAGAAGCGCAUCAACCCGCCGGCGGGCGAGGGCGCGGGGGGCGCGGUGGGCGCGGGGGGCGCGGGGGGCGCGGGCGCGCUGGCGCUGCACGCGCUGCAGCCGCUGGCGCUGCUGGCGCGCGCGCCGCCGCGCGACUGA